GAAGUAGUUGGUCACGAGCCUCAUUUAAAGGAAUUUGUGUGAGGCAGAGUUUGGCAAGAAGGCAUCUCCGAGAAAAACACACACUUUAACUACUGCAAUGUAACGAACAAGACAGGUGAGUCAGUGCAUAGCGUAUGCACAUCAUUCCUUACUUCACUCCUAGGUAAAAGAAGGUUGAAUGAGAUGCAGAAAUACUAAAUAAUAUAAAUAAUAAUAAGUUGCAAGAUUACCUUAAUUAACCCCUUCUUAAACUGCAUUCAAUAUCAUGAAAAUUCCAGGGAGAUAUCAGGAAUUUGCAAUUACAAAUUAAACAAAUACACAGGGAUAGAUAGAGAAACCAAUGGAUUUUAAGAAAUUGAAUUUUAAUUUCAUUUAAAUUAAUUUUUAAUGUAGAAGUCACAUAUAUUGAGAAAAAUAAAAUAAAUAUAGUAUUUCGAUGUCCAUAGUGAAAACUCUCCUUUAAUUUGGGUAAAUGUCUAUAAAGAGUAAGUGCAGACAAUGUAGAACUUGAUGCACAGUAAUUAUGGGCACCUUUAAUUAUGGUGACCAUAAUUAAAAGAAUAGGCUGGUACUUUAUUCAGCAGGCCAGCAGAGUGUAGCCUCACGUGACUUUGCUGGUACAGUACAUGAAAGAACUCAGUCAGCAGAGCAAGUCAAGCACUUCCUCAGAAAAACCACAUCCUUGAUCGCUCUCAUCCUCCUUCUCUCUCUCUCUCUCUCUCUCUCUCUCUCUCUCUCUAGCUGUAUAAUGGCAGUGUAAUACUUAACAUUGCCAUGUGGCGUACAGUCUUUUUAAGUAGGUCUUCUCAUACAUGCACGUGCAAGCACCCACACUGCUGAGUUUCAUACAGCCUGUGAGGUCAGCUGUGACAAUUGGACUGAGCUCUGAAUGAAUCUGCAUGUGGAUUUUGUUAAGUAUCUAUUUAUCUCAACACAACAUGGAUGACAUGUUCCUGGCAAAGAUCCCUCAGAAGUUCUAAUCUAAACAUACGAAUCGUUACAGUCACGCAUCCUAAUUCUGAAACCCCACUAAAGGCAUGACUAGGUAUAGAAUAGUCAGUUCAGAGGAGCUUUCAUGCUAAGUCAUCUCUCUUCCAGUCAUCACUGUACUUGCGCCACUCGCCGAGAGCCACACUUGGCCUUGGAGGCAGCCCCUUUCAGAUGCUGCUUCGUCAACCUUAGACCCCAUUUCACAGUUGACAGGAGGUCACGUGUUGUGGCCUGGUCUCUGUAAAAAAUGACAGGGGUGAUGUGAAGUGAACUAACAGCUGAAUGGUGGACAGGCUGAAGAAAAGCCUCAGAAAUCCUGCCACUAAGUGUCUAAUUCGGUUUGAGAUAAGGAUGUUGCUGAAGAAGAUACAAUUGUUACAAUUUACAGUUACAAUUUUCAAAAACAGACACUGGAAGUCAAGAAAAAUAUAUCACAAGAUUUAGAAAGUGUUUUGUAAAGAUCUUCGCAUAAAUGCAAAUUAGCUGGUUAUCACUAAUAAAGUUUUCACACCUUUAUUUAGUUUGUACUGUUUAGAAUGAAUUUCCCAGUGCAUAAUUUUUCUCUCAACUAGUUAUCUUAGCACCACACAUGAAAAGUAUCAUGGUCUCCCCCAGUCUCCAUAUUAAAAUCAGUUAAAAGUAGGGAUAUUUUUUCAGGGGAUACGAUAACUGAAAAUUUCCCAUUUUUGUAUCUUAAAAAGUGAAUAACCUGUAGUUUAUGAACACUUGAUGGCAAGAGAGGUAAGAUAUAGUGAGCAAAGAUUGACGUUUCAUUAUUCCAUAACUUUUAUAUUGACGAUAUGGAUUUUCAACAAAAUUCAUAAGAUUAAAAACCACGUCUAACAAAGCUUAAACUUGAGCCGACAAUAAGUUAACUAAUAAGACACAUUCACAUAACUUUCUUUCUGGGUUUUGCAGUGAUGGAUGAUGUGGUGAUCAUGUCAUUGUUUUUUGAGCUGCAGACCUCUUCUUACUACCGUCAUCCACAGCAUAAUCCUUGAAUACAAAUUGCAUUACUUUUGGGGUAGCUCCCUCCAAGAAAGCUGUGUUGUGUGUUGUCCUAUGGCGGUCUGCUGCAUCCUGGUAAGUUGCCAAGUUUGCAUGCAUUACACUAGAAACCACUCAUUCAUGUUUCAAAAACAAAAGAUGAUUUUUGACAUUUAUAAUAAGGUGACUAAUUUCCCUGUUUAAUUAAGAAUUUUGGUCUUAUCUUUGUAUUUGGUAUUGUUAAUAGAAAUCUCCUUUUAUCACUCACUCCUGUGUCAUAAAGUUACAGCACUGCAUCAUCAGCAUAUUGUCAUUUCCUGGAAUAAUGUUUAUCUCCUCAACAGCUUUCUGUAAGAGCAACAGGAUGGCUGGAAGUUAAAUGAGUGUCUCACACUCAGAGGGUCCCUGGUUACAUCUCCUCUCACCUUCUCGUCCAUGAUGCAGCUACUCUGUCAUUUUGCCUUUACCUUCCUGUGCAGUCUGUCUUUCUUCUCUGCUGUGCUUUCCUUACAGUGCGAUGACACACAAUAUUCCUGGCCAGUGAUAGACUCCAAGUUUUGCUGUAACAAGUGCCCGCCAGGUAAGGCUUUGGCUCGGCGUCUAAAUACCGAAUGUCAAACUGAGUGUAAAACAUGCGAGGAUGACCAUUACGCUGAUACCUACAACGUGGAGCUAUACUGCAAACAUUGUACAAGUUGCAAUAAACCAAACAUGGAGUAUAUGUCAGCCUGUAACAGCACCCAUGACUCCGUGUGCAGAUGUAAAGCUGGCUAUGAAUGCAGAGAACAACCCUGCAAAAUGUGUGUGCCAAUACCAAUCACCACCAAACCUACAACCACACCCACCACCACAGCCACACCCAGCACCACACCCAAAACCUCUUCAUCCACUACAGUUCUUACAGAUACAGCAUGGUUCCUGGUGAUAAUUAUCCUCCUGUCUGUAAUACUCAGCUUUUUUGGUAUAACAAAAAUGAAGCCCUUUCUGCACUGGAUCAGAUCAAAGCACGGCUACCUUUUGGCUAAAACACCUGCACCAAUGCCACCAUUCCAAGAGGACGACAGUGUAUCCAAGCCUGUCCAGGAAGUAUGUGGGAAAUGUGACCAACCUCUUGACGUAUGAUGGGUUAAAGACUAGAUCCUGAACUUAAACUUGAACUUUAGAAAAAUUUCACUGGCGGACAAUUAGUGACACGUGGCAGAUGUAAAACAUCUCUUGUUGCUUUGGACAUUUAUGAUAAAUGGAGGCAAACGAAAUGUCACUUGGUCCAUGCUGACGUAUGGAACCACAGAAAGACUGAUGCUGUUUCCUGAGAGGAAACAUGAGUGUUUGACAUCUGUGACGUUACAAUGGUUAAAGUGUAUAAAAUCGAGGAGAUUAAGCAUCUGAAAUCUCGAAAAUCUGGAAAUACAGUGUGACACUGGUGGUUAUGCAUGAGACAGAAAUUGUGCAGUGUGUUGAUAAACUGGUAUGUACUUUAGUACACAGAAUUUAAAGAUAUUCUUUAUAUGUGUAUAUAUACUUUUUUUCUGUUUUGCAGUUGGAUUAUACACAUCACAUGUGAAUGUUUUUAACUUGAUACAUUUCUACUUUGUUUUGUUAAUAAAACUUUAUUGUAAUCAAAA